UAGUUUUAAAUGAACGAAAAGGAACUGGUUCGGUUGUUUGGGACUACUUUGGAACACUUAUGCUCCGCGGUAAGUCCGUGCUCAAAAAACUUCAUUUUUGUAAAAUUUGCUUUGAGAUGGAGCUUACAACAUUAAAAGGAUUUAGCCAAGUAACGUCAACUUCAAAUCUUUUAACGCACUUGCGCAACGUUCACGACAUAGAGCUCAAGAGCAAAAAUUCGGAGGCUUCCUUGAAAAAAACAAAUGAAGCACUAUCGUCUUCAUCUAAAGAUAAAGAUACGAAGUUUGUUAAUGGUAGAAGAGUGGCAGAAAUGUGCUGUGUUGAUCUCCAGGCUUUCAACGUUGUGGAAAGGAAGGGAUUUUUAAAAUACAUGGCUCUUGUAAAACCCGGUUUGGAAUUUCCCACUAGUCGCACAAUUGCUACAACAGCAUUGCAAGAUGUGUAUAAUGUAUAUAUGUCCACGGUAAAAGACGUUUUAAAAAGUGCGCCUACAAAAAUUGCUCUGGUUUUGGAUUUGUGGACGGACAAUUUUAAAAAAUUAUCAUAUGUAAACAUAAAAGUUCACUACUGCGUCAAUUUUAAGAUAACAACAGCCAGUUUAACAACUGAGCACUUUGCUCAUCCACACACUGGAAGUCGAAUUGCCGAUUGUAUCACAUCCACUGUAAAAUCGUUUAAUUUAGAGAGUCGUGAAAUACACGCAGUUAGCGAUGGUGGAGCCAAUAUCAUAGCUGGAUUAAGAAUGUCAAAAAUGCUGCGUUAUGAAUGUAUGGCACACUCAUUGCACAGAUUUAUAGUGCAUGAUGUUUUGGACAAUCCAGAAUUUAAUGAAAUCAAAGCUGUAGUAAAAAAACUAAAGGCUACUUAUACGAAAUUAUCGUAUUGUUCCGAAGAUUUAAUGGCUAUACAAAAGGCCCAUCUCCAAGAUGGAAUUAUAGAAAUAUUACUGCAAAGUAAUGACAUUGCCGAAUCUCUGCAAUUAGAGGAGGAAUUCGGAGUUUCUUUAGAAGAGGAAAUGGAUUUGCCAGAAGAAACUCUUCAAAAUCAAACUGCAACUACAAUUAAAGUUGCAAAUGAUACAAGCGCUUCAAAAUUAAGAAAAUCCAUCUAG